UCGAACUUAUGUAGAGCUUUUUUCGGCUUUUUUCGUAUGCAUUAUUCAAGGUGGAACGGAAAUUGCAGAGAGACCACGCUGAUAUAUUAAAGGAAGCAGGGAGCGGCUAAUAACGCUAUAUUACAGUACUUGUUUCAAGAGAGUCGGAAAUGAAAUCAGCCAAAAAUAUAAUCUUUAAUACCCGCGCGGCUGGAUUUGCGCUGCGGUAAAUCUCAGUGCGUCGAUACGAACAGCAGCAGUUUUCCUAUGAAUAUCAGUAAAGUCACAUAUAAACCCAUUUGUUUCAUAUUAACACAAGAAUCAUCGCUUUCUAGACACUACUAAAGUUUUUCCCAGCAGUGCAGCUCCCGCCGCUGAUAAUGGGCAAAUAUCGCAAAACAUUUGGAUACACCCUGAAUCGGGAUCAUGGCUGGGCGUAUCAGGAAAUUAUCGCCGAGGCCAUGAUAGUUCUUUGGUUCGCGUUGCAGAUUGCGUUGAAAUUCGGCACCAGAUUCUUCCCAGAAUGGCAGAACACUCGUUUGGAUCCCGAUUAUAAAACUGGUUUGGGCAGUCUUCUAGGAAACCUGGGAUAUAAAAUGAAUGGUUGCACUUGGGAUGGCAUUGUAUCCGCAUGGUUGCCACCCAAGGCGGAUGCCGUUACCGAUAACGAGUCCACAGCGAUUCCGGCCGCCAACCAACUCCGCGGGCGCCUCGGCUAUUUCGCCGUCAUCAUUACCAUCUGCGCCGCCGUCCUCCUCAGCGUGUCGGUGGGAUGCUCGCUAUUCGUUAACCGGGACUGGCGAUAUCGGCCAUGGACCCAACACCUCCACUGGUGCGGACGUCACCCCAUCCUCACGUGGCUUCGUCGACUGCCGACUUGGCUAAAAUGCAUCGGGUUCGGGGUCUACUUUGUGGUUGUGUUUAUUCGCACUGUCAUCUGUCUUCUCGUCUGGCUGGUGUUGUGGGUACUACCCGUUGUCCUAAUGGGUGGAGCUACGACCGCCGUGGCCAUUGAAACGUUCGGUCUGGAAGCCGUCUUCCCCUGCUGUGGGUUACUGGUGAGCAUCCUCAGUAUCUACUGUACCGGCCGUAUGUGGGGUUUGUGGAUGGAGGAGACGUACUUUUCCUGGAUCAACAACAAGCUCAGGCGGAUGUGCGGUACGGCGCUGGCCAGGGAUUCCGUAGCUAUGGAAAAAGCUCCGCUCGCAACGGCAGAAAUGAAAAGCCGGACAACAGCACAGAAAAAGAUGAUAUUAGAGAAGCUCUUUCAUCGAUACUGCGCUGCUCUACUCUUCAAAUUAAGCUUUUUUUUAUGCUGGUGGUGUGCUCUGAUGCACAAUAUUGGACCAUUAACCGAUUUUCUUCCUGCAUCAGAUGGUUCAUGGGAUUGGUGGAUCCUGUACAUCAGCAAUCAUAAGAUUAAGGGCAACAGAACCGCCGGAGCUUAUUGUAUUGAGUAUGCAACGGGUAUGAUGGGCGUCCCGCGAGCAGUCCUGUCAUACUGGGUGGAUCUGGACUAUCCGCGAUGGAACACCAGCCAUCCGGCGCUGCUCUCCCUUUUCUCCACCACAUAUUCACCGAUUACCUACGAGGUUCUUCGCGGAUGGAUCUGGGCACUGUCUGUGCUCCCUAUUGCAUCAGUGACGGUCGCGCUCGUUUACUGGGCCCGUGGCUUCAGGUCUCUCCAGCAGUCAUGUGACGAUCAGAACAAGGACAGUACUCCCGAACCCGGCGAAAUCGAGGCUGGGCGCGACGAAAAGCCGCAGGAAACGGUGGUUGGCGAUAGCACUGGGACGAACAACUCCGAUACUUCUGGCUGCCUUGCCGAUACGGCUAUCCCGUUGGAGAACACGUUGACCGGCCCAUCGAAGCCCUUUCUCUGUUCGUGCCCGUUGGACGUCGGCCUCAUCGCGUCCAUUGCGGUUAUGGUCCGUCGAUCUGCGUGCAUUUUCUAUCUGCCGUAUCCGCUGGUGCAGGUGCUCGUUGCCGAGCCGCUACAGGUGUGGGCGCUUCUGCUGUUGUUAACCGUAUACGCAGCCUGGCUUUGCUGGCAGCGCCUGUGGGAUCUUCUCGCGUUGCGAAAAGAAACGGCCAGCAUCAGCAGUUGCGAUGUGGAAACUGCCUUGCCAUUAACUGGCUGUGAAUGCUGGCGGUUGGAGGCCAUUUCCUGGGCUAUGUAAAGCGGCAGCUUCGAUGCGGCGAUGAAGACUGCCAAUGCAGUCCUUUUACUGGGUUACAUAAAGCAACAGUUUGCAUUAAUGCGGAAGCAGUUAGUUAUCUUUGC